UUGAGUGGACAGCUCUGGGAAAGCGCAUAAAAGUUCUCCAGAACAUCUGUUUAUUGAACAUCUGUCCUGUGUCAGGGGUGAUACGUUGUUCUAUUUAUAUCUCACAGUACCUUGGCAAAGGAGGCAUUAUCCAGUUCUACAGUUGCUUUGUGUAGUUAAUUUUGGAGUAAACACUAUCAAAAAUGAGUGAACUGGAACAGUUGAGGCAAGAAGCUGAACAACUGCGGAAUCAGAUCCAGGAUGCUAGGAAAGCAUGUAAUGAUGCAACGCUUGUUCAGAUCACAUCAAAUAUGGAUUCUGUGGGUCGGAUACAAAUGCGAACAAGACGUACACUGAGGGGUCACCUAGCUAAAAUCUAUGCUAUGCAUUGGGGCUAUGACUCAAGGCUACUAGUCAGUGCUUCCCAAGAUGGAAAAUUAAUUAUUUGGGAUAGCUAUACAACAAAUAAGAUGCAUGCUAUUCCUUUGAGGUCCUCUUGGGUGAUGACCUGUGCAUAUGCUCCCUCUGGUAAUUAUGUUGCGUGUGGAGGACUGGACAACAUCUGCUCCAUAUAUAACUUAAAAACCAGAGAGGGAAAUGUGAGAGUGAGCCGAGAGUUACCAGGUCACAUAGGCUACUUGUCCUGCUGUCGUUUUUUAGAUGACAGCCAGAUUGUUACAAGCUCAGGAGAUACAAACUGUGCUUUAUGGGACAUCGAGACCGCCCAGCAGACCACCACGUUCACUGGGCAUUCUGGAGAUGUGAUGAGCCUUUCUCUGAGUCCUGACAUGAGGACUUUUGUUUCCGGUGCUUGUGAUGCCUCGUCGAAGUUAUGGGAUAUUCGAGAUGGAAUGUGUAGACAGUCUUUCACUGGACAUGUGUCAGAUAUCAAUGCUGUCAGUUUUUUCCCAAAUGGAUAUGCCUUCGCCACUGGCUCUGAUGAUGCCACUUGCCGUCUCUUUGACCUUCGUGCAGACCAAGAGUUAUUACUGUAUUCUCAUGACAACAUCAUCUGUGGAAUCACCUCUGUAGCCUUCUCAAAAAGUGGGCGCCUCCUGUUAGCUGGUUAUGACGACUUUAAUUGUAACGUAUGGGACACACUGAAAGGAGAUCGUGCAGGCGUUCUUGCUGGUCAUGACAACCGUGUCAGCUGUUUGGGUGUAACUGAUGAUGGCAUGGCUGUGGCAACAGGCUCUUGGGACAGUUUUCUUAGAAUCUGGAAUUAACAGUGCAUACAAAUUUUCUGUUUUCCAUUGAUAUCUGGAGAAAUCAGUGCUACAGCCCAUAGCUGUGAAAAAAAAUUCUACCUUAUAUUUGCAGGUGAAGAUUUUUCUAUUGAGAUUAUUAUAUAGAAAAAGCAGCUUUCAGUAAACUACAAAACAAAAAAAGAUGAAAAAAACAAGGCAAAGGUGCUUGCUGAGAUCAAAAGGACCAGUGUAUUAAUUUGAGGAGUUGAGCUAAUUUAACCUUGAUGAAUUUUUGCUUUUCUAAAUUUAAUUAUUUUCUUUGUGUAGAACAACAUGUACACAUUAUAGUAACCUAUCAUGUUGGUAUUUGCAUUUUUAAAGAAGUACAUUUUUAACUUUGUAUACAUAAGAAAUGUCACAUUUUUGAGUUUUGUAAUGGAGAAACCAGGCACAGUAAUAGAUGGCAGUAACACCAUAUGUAUGUGUCCUCAUGUUUCAAGAAAGUCUCCUUGAAUUCUAACCUUCCUUUUUAAUCUAAGAGAGAUUCUGGUUGCUUAAUGUUUAAGAAUACCAACAGCUAGGUACCUCUGAGGGGAGUCCUUUUGAGUAUCAUUAGUUUCUGGUGCAUCCUUUGCCAUCCUGUUAAUUUAAAUAAGUGCUCAAUUUCAGUGCUUUGAGGGGGAGAUAAUCAGAAGGCCAGGGAAUAGGAUUUCAUUCUGAAAUUUUAGCCAUAUAUAAGAAACUUAUUAUAUAAAUAGGUAGACAGCAAUCACAUAUAAAUGGUUCUUGGCAUUUUAAAAAGCAGAUUAUGAUCAAAUGACACUUUAAGUAGCCCUGUAAACAGUGAGACUUUCCUAUUGAUUUCAGAUUCUAGAACUGAGUUUGUAGAGUGUACUCAUUUCAGAACAUUCAUCGAUGAACAUUUGGAUUGUCCUUGAAUCUGAAUAAUUUUUCUGAAUUUCUCCGUCACAAUGUAUCUAGAUAGGAAAUAUGACAGUGUUGCAUUUUUCAAAGUGUAAAAUCUGGCCAGUCAUUAGACCUGAUUGGUUAUAGUUGUAACAUGGUGGUGUUAUGAAUUUAAGUUCACAUAAUAUAAAAUCUGAAUUGGUGUAAAUUGUGACUUCAAAGGGAACCUUUUAAAAAAGGAAAUAUUCAAGCUCUGUGCUCUUCUGUUGUAUUUCUUCCCUUAGCACAAAAUACUGGUUUCUAAGUGGCAUGGCUUUGCUUAAAAAAAUAGCUAGACCCAAGCAACUCCAUUUUAAGUCAAAAGAAAAAGUCUAAGGCAGUUCUUAGGAAAAUACUGAGUCAGAGGAAAAUACUAAGCAAUUCAUUUCCCUGCUUGUCAAUGGUCUAAUAAUGUGUCUAUUACUAGAAAGGGCCCUCCUACUUUUAAACAAAAAUAUUUUUCCCCUUAGAUUUUCUUCUACAAAUAAAUCUAAAUGAUUGACAAUGGAAGAUUGUUAGUCUUGCUUGAUGGUGAAGUCACGGGUUGUUCUGAUAUAUAGAAGUGCAUUGUGUUUUGUUAACUCAGUCAACUGUUAGUUACUGGUGAGAUAGGUCUCUAACUUUUAAGAUCACCUGUAACCCUAACCUAAAUACUCCUAAAUUUUACAUGCCAAUUUUCAUUUUUAUAUUGUGAAUAUGCUAAUAAGUAUAUUAUUCACCAACUAUAAUGAAGUCAUUGUCGGUUUUGUUUAAUACCAAGUGACAAUAAAAAGAAUAAAAUAAAGGAAGAUUAAGAUACAGGACCCUAAAAAGGUGUAAAUGGCAGUCAAGAAUGUAUAUUUAUACACAUAGAUUUCUAUGAACUUUUUGCUGUUAAUGUUUGUAGACUAUAUCACUUCAUAAAGAGCAGCUCUUUUACGGUGAGAAUAUUUUAAAGGAACAUACUCAUUUCCAAAAGAAAGGGAGGGGGUGAGGGUUUGCCAUGUAGUUCAGCAAUUCGUUCCAAAAUCCUGUUCAAGAAAGCACUUCUGCUACGUGCAGAAUAGCCUUAUAUAGAGUAUCUCCUGUACUUUGAAAGUUAUUCUAGGAACAAGAUAGUCACAGAGGCACAGACUACAAGAAUUCUAUGAUCUUAAACAUGUUGAUAAAAAUCAUUUAAUGUUGAUUAAAGUUCCUGUAAAUAGUUUUAAAAGCAAUUCUCAUAAUUAAAUAUGUACUAGGCAACUGAAAACUACCAAGAUUGUGGCUAAUAAUACAUAUGACCAAAUGAUGACCUCAUUGCCACAUUAACUUACUAGCUUGCUUUUGAGUGCUGUGCGUUCCAGUUGCUAAAUAUAUUUACUUGCAGUUUGAGUUCAGUUGGUUGUCUAUGUAAUUGAUUUUUGUAAGACUUCCU